GCGGGUCAGUCUCCGCUGGGCGCUCCGGGGAUCAGCUGGCGGGCGGGCGGGCGCCGAACGCGGCCCCGGCUCUCGCUGCAGCGCCGCCUCUUCUCCGCGUCGCAGGCCGGCCCGGCGGUCGUGACAAUGUUGCAGAGCUGGUAGCUGGGCGCCAGCCGCCGAGCUGUCUCAAGUUUAAACUUACACGAAUCGCUCUCUUGAGGAGGAGGGGACCGGGCGCGAUUGACACGCAUAUUCCUAUAGGCAUCCUCCCUCAGCCCCCACCCCCACGGCCGGAUUCGGGUGGCUCCUCUCCGAGCUGAAAUCCGAGAAGAAAUCCUUGGAUCUCUUGUUUUCUUAAAAAAAAAAAAAAAAUCCAGAAACCGUCGGUAUUUUGCUUUACUGCUUCCUAUUCGCAAGAUGAAGAAGUUUUUCGACUCCCGGCGAGAGCAGGGCGGCUCUGGCCUGGGCUCCGGCUCCAGCGGAGGUGGGGGCAGCACCUCGGGCCUGGGCAGUGGCUACAUCGGAAGGGUCUUUGGCAUUGGGCGACAGCAGGUCACUGUGGACGAGGUGUUGGCGGAAGGUGGAUUUGCUAUCGUGUUUCUGGUGAGGACAAGCAAUGGAAUGAAAUGUGCCUUGAAACGCAUGUUUGUCAACAAUGAGCAUGAUCUCCAGGUGUGCAAGAGAGAAAUCCAGAUAAUGAGAGACCUAUCGGGGCACAAGAACAUUGUUGGUUACAUUGACUCCAGUAUCAACAGUGUGAGCAGUGGUGAUGUAUGGGAAGUGCUCAUUCUGAUGGACUUCUGUAGGGGAGGCCAGGUGGUCAACCUGAUGAACCAGCGCCUGCAAACAGGUUUUACAGAGAAUGAAGUGCUUCAGAUAUUUUGUGAUACCUGCGAAGCUGUUGCCCGCCUGCAUCAGUGCAAAACUCCUAUUAUCCACCGUGACCUGAAGAAAAGAGAUUUUGAUUUCACGAAGUACAAAGAAGAUUCUUGUCCCGUUUUUAGAAUUGUUGAAAAUAUCCUCUUGCAUGACCGAGGCCACUACGUCCUGUGUGACUUUGGAAGCGCCACCAACAAAUUUCAGAAUCCACAAACUGAGGGAGUCAAUGCAGUAGAAGAUGAGAUUAAGAAAUACACAACGCUGUCCUAUCGAGCACCAGAAAUGGUCAACCUGUACAGUGGCAAAAUCAUCACUACGAAGGCAGACAUUUGGGCUCUUGGAUGUUUGUUGUAUAAAUUAUGCUACUUCACUUUGCCAUUUGGAGAGAGUCAGGUGGCAAUUUGUGAUGGAAACUUCACAAUUCCUGAUAACUCUCGAUAUUCCCAAGACAUGCACUGCCUAAUUAGGUAUAUGUUGGAACCAGACCCUGAUAAAAGGCCGGAUAUUUACCAGGUGUCCUACUUCUCAUUUAAACUACUCAAGAAAGAAUGCCCAAUUCCUAAUGUACAGAACUCUCCCAUUCCUGCAAAGCUUCCUGAGCCAGUGAAAGCCAGUGAGGCAGCUGCAAAAAAGACCCAGCCAAAGGCCAGACUGACAGAUCCCAUUCCCACAACAGAGACUUCAAUUGCACCCCGUCAGAGGCCUAAGGCUGGGCAGACUCAGCCAAACCCAGGAAUCCUUCCUAUCCAGCCAGCCCUGACACCUCGGAAGAGAGCCACGGUUCAGCCCCCACCCCAGGCUGCAGGAUCCAGCAAUCAGCCUGGCCUUUUAGCCAGUGUUCCCCAGCCAAAAACCCAGCCCCAACCCAGCCAGCCUCUACCCCAGUCUCAGCCCAAGCAGCCCCAGCCUCCACCCACCCCACAGCAGACGCCGCCCACUGCGGCCCAGGCUCUGCCCACUGCGGCCCAGGCCACGCCCCAGCACCAGCCGCAACUCUUCCUCCAGCAGCCGCCGCCGCCGCCGCUGCCGCAGCAACCGACCCAGCAGCAACCGCCACCUGCCCAGCAGCCCGCGGGCACGUUUUACCAGCAGCAGCAGCAGGCCCAGGCCCAGCAGUUUCAGGCAGCACACCCAGCCGCCCAGCAGCCGGCCCUCGCCCAGUUCCCGGUGGUGUCGCAAGGCAGCUCCCAGCCGCCGCUGACACAGAACUUCUACCAGCAGCAGCCGCCGCAGCUGGCCGCGAGCUUGCACCAACAACAGCUGCUGACUCAGCAGGCCGCCGUGCCCCAGAAGACCGCCGCAGCGGCCGGACAGCAGCCCCAGGCGCCGCCCGCCGCAGCCCCGCCGGCGCCCGCGGCCCAGGAGCCGGCGCAGAUUCAAGCCCCAGUACGACAACAGCCAAAGGUUCAAACAACCCCACCUCCUGCUGUUCAGGGGCAGAAACUGGGAUCUCUCACUCCUCCGUCAUCCCCCAAGACCCAACGUGCUGGGCACAGACGGAUUCUCAGUGACGUAACCCACAGCGCAGUCUUUGGGGUCCCUGCCAGCAAAUCAACCCAGCUGCUCCAGGCAGCUGCAGCUGAGGCCAGCCUCAAUAAGUCCAAGGGUGGGAACCUACCUAGGUCUGCAACCACCACUCCAUCAGGCUCUCCUCGGACCUCCCAGCAAAACGUUUAUAAUGCUUCAGAAGGUUCUACGUGGAAUCCCUUCGAUGAUGACAAUUUCUCCAAACUCACAGCUGAGGAACUGCUGAACAAGGACUUUGCCAAGCUGGGGGAAGGGAAACAUCCUGAGAAGCUUGGAGGCUCCGCUGAGAGUUUGAUCCCAGGCUUUCAACCAACUCAAGGUGAUGCUUUUGCCACUCCCUCGUUUUCUGCUGGAACCGCUGAAAAAAGGAAGGGUGGGCAGACUGUGGAUUCUAGCCUCCCACUUCUCAGUGUAUCUGAUCCUUUCAUUCCUCUUCAAGUACCUGAUGCACCAGAAAAACUAAUUGAGGGACUCAAAUCUCCUGACACUUCUCUCCUGCUCCCUGACCUCUUGCCUAUGACAGACCCUUUUGGUAGCACGUCCGAUACUAUAAUUGAAAAAGCUGAUGUUGCUGUUGAGAGUCUCAUACCAGGACUGGAGCCCCCAGUGCCCCAGCGCCUUCCAUCUCAGACGGAAUCUGUGACCUCGAACCGCACAGAUUCUCUCACCGGGGAAGAUUCCCUGAUUGAUUGCUCCCUGCUUUCUAACCCUACUACUGACCUUCUGGAAGAGUUUGCCCCCAUAGCGAUCUCUGCUCCAGCCCAUAAAGCUGCAGAAGAUAGUAAUCUCAUCUCAGGUUUUGAUGUCCCUGAGGGCUCGGACAAGGUGGCAGAAGAUGAAUUUGACCCUAUUCCUGUAUUGAUAACCAAAAACCCACAAGGUCUCCAGAGAGAGCCCAAUCCCUGUCCUGUAAUAACUGUAGAGCACUUUAAAGAUUCAGCCAGUGUUAAAGGCCUUCCCCUGUAUCCAGACCCCUCAAGAGUACCUGGCACGAAAACGCAGAACAAUUUAGAAUCUGACUACUUGGCCCGAGAUGGCCCUUCAAGCAACAGUUCAUUCCACAGCAGUGAAGAGGAAGGGACUGAUCUCGAGGGGGACAUGCUGGACUGCAGUGGGUCUCGACCACUCCUCAUGGAGUCUGAAGAAGAGGAUGAGAGCUGCAAGCCUCCACAGGGGAAGCUGGGAGGAGCUAUUCCAUUCGCUCAGCCAGAGGUCUCUACUGAGCAAGCAAAGGCAGGCCAGGGUGGCAGAAAGAACCAGUUCCAAGCCCUCCCACAACCAACCAUGGACGGUCUCAGGGAGCCGGAUGUUUUUGCCACAGCCCCCUUCAGGAGCUCAAGGGUUCCAGCUGAUGACAUGGAUAUUUUCUCCAAAGCCCCAUUUGCCUCCAAGGGCAGUAUGGCUCCUUCCCAGCCAGAGGAGGCGGACGUGUUCUUGAGAGCUCCUUUUACCAAGAAGAAGAGCAUGGAGGAGUUACCAGUUGCCCAGAGCGCCUCCCAGGAGUUGCCUGGGCAGGCCAGUCUCCUCAGUCAGACUGAUGAGGUCCCUCUGCUCCCAGGCCUUGAGAGAGCAGUGUAUGCCCCCAUCCGAGCUCAGUACUCCAUGGCUGCUUUCGUCCUUCAAUCUAACCCCCCUUCCCAUUCUGCACAAGCAGCAGACCAUCCUGACAGCAUCUCUCCCAGGGGAUCCUCCCUGGAAUCUGGGGGCCAUCCUAAUGACAGAAACAAAGGACCUCAGCCCCAGAAAGAAGCUGUCUCAGGCCCCGUGGCGGGCAAACCAUUCCGCCCCCAAUCUUUAUCCAAAUAUUCCCGUCACUAUAGCCCAGAAGAUGAGUCAAGUCCAGAAGCCCAGCCCAUCGCUGCCUACAAAAUUGUUUCACAGACCAACAAACAGUCGAUAGCUGGAUCUGUUUCCAUCACAUCCCUUUCCUCCAGGACUACGGAGCUGCCAGCCAUGGAUCCGUUUGCUCUAGCACCCUUUCCUUCGAAAUCAGGCAAGCAGAAACCUUAGGAGCGAUACCUGAGCCUUCAGGCCUUUGUCUUUACCACCACCACCACCCCUCCCCCAGUACCUCCCAUAUCACUCCCAGCUGAGCCUGUCUCAGAAGAGAUACACCAAUUAUUAUCUUUCAGUUCCACCUAUCAGAGCAGAAUUUCUGCGGACAACAAACCCAGUUGCAGUGAUGCUUAGUUGAAACCCCUUUAAGUUAUGCUCAUUUCUUUUGUUUAUAUUGAUUUCAGGACUUGCCCACAUUUCCAUCUCCACCUCCGCCCAGAACUCUGCUCUCUUUUUUUGCCCCAAGACUGUUUAAAUCCAGAAAUACUUCACCCCAAACCCAAAGGGGCCAUGUUGCUGCAAUUUUUGUUCUCCUGCAGUUCCUGUUCUGAGUCUUACCCACUGAGGACUCAAGAUUAGUCCCUUCAGGACUUGAUUUAAUGCUCUUGCAAAGGGAAUAUUUAUGGAAGGAAAUGCAAGAUAAAAAUCCUGCAAAUCAAGAGGAAGUGCAAUCCUGCAGAUACUAAUCAUUCCUGUAAAACCAGCAGCUCUACAAAGGAUUCUCUGGGUCUGUUUUGGAGUCUUUGCGAGCCAGGCUGGCCUCUCACAAAUGAGUGUUUGUGGGUGUGUAACCUGUGUCAGACCCUUUCCUAUGUAGAAAUGCUAACAGAUGAGAUAUCUGAGCUCGAGUCGAACAGUAUUGAGCCUUCCCACGCCCAUGCUUUUUAAAUCACUAUGAGUGCACAGGUUGUGUGUGUGUGUGUGUGUGUGUGUGUGCAUGCACACACGCAGGGAGUGGUUUUCCUUUAGGUAAAUCCUGUCUCACUAUGCCUACCUCCACAAUCACUCAUUUACUGGCAUUUGUCUCCUGACCUAACUGUCUUGAGCCCUAUGUUUACUUAGUUCUGUCUUGUGGCAAAAUUGAAUCCAUUGGAAGGUGUAGGAGAAUCCUGCUGAAACUGAGGUUUCACAGAGUAGAUGUUUUCCUCCAAAAUUUGCUAUUUGCUAUUAACAAAUUUUAUUUACAUGAUCUUAAAAAAUUAAUGAUUUUUUUCCCUCAGAACAAUAGAAAAGAGCACCUUGUCCCAAUUCUAACCAUUGGGUAUGUGGUCUUAGUAAUAUUUUAAAGUACUUAAAAACCUUAGGUUUGAGCACUCCAUGCUGUCCUCAUGGAAUUAAUCAUGAGACUAGGCUACAAAUUAGAUUUGCAUACUUGUUUGUGUUUUCCAAUUCCUUGCUACCUUUCUCCACUGCCUCUUGAGGAAAAAUAAAUCUGAGACAUGUAAAUCAGUUUGAGAGAAGAGUAAAGAGCUGAAUCAGCUAUCCGUGAAAAUUUAAUUCUCUAUCCUCUGUAGAUGUCGAAGUAGGCCAGAUAGGUGACUGACUUGUGUUUUUGAAAUGUCUUCUAUUUCUGGAAAGAUCUGACUUAUUCUCAGCUGUUUCCAUACCCAUUAUUAUUAGUGCCUUAAGGUGAAACUUGUGUCUCAAUGGGAAGAUCUCUGCUGAGGAAGUUCAAUUUAAUGGAAAGAGCUGCUGCACCAUGUUUCAACCUGAAAGCUUCCAGUGACUUGUAAUCGAUGUCAGUAAUGUCUCCAUUAGCUAGAAGAGUUGGGAGAGUUGCUUACCAAACCAGAUUAAUGAUUUAAGAAUUGGCAAUUCAUCCAAGAAUCAAGCCAGAACGCCAAACUCUAUUGCAGUUGAUUAGGUGUCAUACUCUUUAAAUUUGAAAUUCAGGAAUCUUAGGGAUAGAAUAUGAACAGCAACUUUUCAAGACAUUUUCUAGUUUGGUCUCCACCUAUUUCAAACGUCUAGGUUAAAGGAUAAAUAAUUGGCACUGGAUCAGGGCUAUCGGCAAUGGUUUUACAACUGAGGUUUCAACCAUGCCAGUCUUUCACUUUGGUGAAUGUUAAAUGUUCCUUCUAAGAGUUUGCUUUUCUUCCCAUGAUUAUUUCUGAUUUUUUUGUGUGUAACAGUGGAUGCAAAAUCAUCUUUCCAGUUGAAUAAACAGUUUGGGCUAAGGCAUAUGGAACUUUGCACCCCAGCCUCUUCACUUGGCCAUUAUCAAGUAAAGCCCUCCAAGGCAGGAGCUGAGAGGAUAGGAAUAUUCAGGGAGAGUUCUCACCUCAAGUCAGGAACUCUUCAAGUGGAAGGUCAUUCUCAUUCACUCUUAAAAGACUCAGAUUUACCUCUGUAAUAGCCCUGCAAAAUGUCUUUCCUUUGGUUAUUUAAUCACUUCUUCCUAAUCAAGUAGCCAUUUUAGCCCUUGAGGUAAAAUCAAUAAAAUCAUAGUGAUUUUAGCACAUCGUCGAAUCAUUUGUCAAGCGUGGGCUUGUAACCCUUUUUAAUUCUCACUGGAGACCUAUGAUGGGUGGAGACUCUAAAUACAUUCUUUGAAUAGGAAGUGAACGUAAACACUUGCAAAUUACUUGUGCUCUUACUGAGCGAUGCAUGAAAAUUUUUGACUAUAUUACAUUAAUUAUUAGUUAAUAAUUAGUAAAUUCUGCACUGAUCUUUGGAUCAUAUAGGGUAAAUGCAUCAUUUAAAGAUAAACUAUUCUUCCCGGAGGCCAUUCUGAAUCUGGAAUUCUAGAAAAUUUAGUGUUAAGGGAAUUAGGAGUGCUCAGGGUGCUUUGAAUUAGUAGCAAAUGCAUGUUUCCAACAACUAUACUGCAACAGGUUAACAUUAAAGAGAAAAGAUAUAUAGUCAACAAAAUGCUACACCUUUUAGUUUUAUGUGUUAUUUGCUUUACACAUCUGAUAGGGAAUGCAAGAAUUUGUGACUUUUCAUUUGCCUUGAACCACAAUAUGCACUGAUGAACUCUUUUAAAGAAUCUGUGUUAAAUGACUAACAGGCACUGUUGAAUUAAUGAAGUUAUAUUAUGUGUGGUGGAAAAUGAAUAUUUACCGUAUAUUUAUCAUAGCUCACAUAUGGCGCCUUAGGCUCCCAGUCCUUGUUAGAUUGGAAGAUGGAAUGAACAAAACUUGAUGCAUAAGCAGAUGCUGGGCAGGACCUAAGGGAAUCUAGGUCAUAAAUUCAAUUUAAUUUUGGGCUCAGUCAUUAUUGAGUUGAAAAUUUCAUAUGUGUAGAUGUGUGUACAUGUUCACGUGCCCAUGUUAGGUCUGAGUUUAAUCUGGCAACCUACAUUUCUUGAAACUUUCGAGAAAAAAUACCAGCAUCUUUUGGCCCAUUAUUUAUUUAGUAAGUUUUAGAGUACAUGUACAUCAGUGUUUUAAACCAUUUGGUGGACAUUUCACUGACUCAUAAAGUAGCAGAUUUCCGUUUUACUUAAAUGUAAUCACCAGAGUGCUCUGACAGUACAAAUUCCAUCAUGCUGAUAAAGAAAAAUCAUCAGAACAUAGGUCAUAUAAUAUGUAUGCAUUUUAUCAAAUAGGAAAUUUUAUAGGAAACUGCAGAAGGGUGAGAUCCAACUCAUUCUCCAGCAGGAAGGGUGCAACUUAAAAUGGAGUCACUUGGGUGCCUUUAAUAAAGAAAAAUGUUACUCUGCUGUGUCUUUGGAAUUGAAACUGGAGAACACAUGCCAGUCAACUUCGGAAUGGCUGCUCGUCGCAUAGAUGCAGUUUUAUCUGAGAAAUUUGGAACUCGGAUCAUUUUGAUAAAAGGUACAUAGGAGAGCCUCUGGAAAGACCGCGGCUUCUAAGGAGGUAGAAGCACUUUGUAAAAUGCCCAGAGUCACCACCCCUGGGUUCUAAUCCUUCAAUCCUGCCUGAUGGAGUAAACAUGAGGAUUUUAAAUGGAAUCAUGUAAUUUAAAUUCUUCGUUUUUCAAUGCCUUUGUCAACAACUACUUGUUGUUUUUUUUUAAACCAUCAGAACACUUGCAAACUUGUGAAGUUCACUUAAAGAUUUCAAGAUGCUUGGAAAUAAAAAAAGUAGUAUCUGGUUGGGAAUUGUUUCUGUGUUCUUUUGCUGCAGGAUAAGUCCUCUAGGUUGCUGAAAACAACUGGAUGCCUCAGCUUAGAUGUAAGAACCCACACUGGCAGUGUCUGGCUUCCCCAGGUGCCACCUUGCUCUCUCACUUCCUGGUCCUCCCUGCCUCAUUUGUACCUUGACCUUUAUUAGGAAACAGGCUUCGUGUGUGGUCUCCAACAUCCCAUCUCUAAAACACUACCAGGCUCAGCUCUUUCCUGCUUCUCUACUCCUGCAAGUCUUCCUGGGUCACCUUCCUUGUUCCUGUUCCCCCUUCAGUUCCUCACUUAACAAAUUCCCCUACUACGACCAUACCAAUAAGUAGAUGAUGAGAGGUAUGACUGAAUGAUCAUGUCAAUUUUUCUGUGCCUUUGUUAUCAUAAACAGUUUCUUCCUAAGUUUCAGCCUAACCUACGAUAAUCUCACCACACUGGAAUAAUUCCAAAUAAGAAUGAAAUGGCCCACCUUCCCCAUUUCUUAUGGACUAGAAGAACAGAUGAAGGAAGGUUGGCAGAAGUCCAACCUACUCUGGAGAUACAACCCAAAAGCAUCUCUCCACCAUGAUCUAAUACAGGCCCUAUGUACCCCAGAAUGCAGGGGUAAGUUUAGGUGUGAAAGGACUCUGGAAUAGGUUGUAAAAAUGGCAGUUAACCAGCACACUGGUGGCUCCAGUCCAGUAAUCCCAGAACUUGUAAUUCUGCAAGAAAUUUAGUCCGAGCUACUUCCCAGCAGUCUCAAUAUGGGUGACACUGUUUGGAGUUCAUAGUAAUGUUUUGUUCUUGAAAUCAAGUCAAUGUUAUCUGCAUUGCCUUAUGAUAGAACUGUAUAUGCGUGUUGAAGGGAUCUGUUUGAUUCCUUUUGGCAAGGAAUUGCGGAAAUGGUUUUUGUUGUUUUGUUUUUGUUUUGCAGAAAUGGUUUUUAACAAUGUCAGUUAUAAAGUGAGACUUUGGGAGGGAGAGAAGACAAUGUAACCUUUUCACUCUGAAAUGGCAAAACAGUUGUAUUCUCUGAGUCUACCAAAGACUCCUGUUUGAGGAUUGUGAAUGGAGAGGGGGGGGGGUGUGUGUGUGUGUGUGUGUGUGUGUGUGUGUGUGUGUGUGUGUGUGUGUGUGUGUGUGUGUGUGUGUGUGUGUGUCCUCAUGCUUUCUGCCAUGGUGUUAAGACCUCCUUAGGAAGGCAUGCAAAGAAUACCAAGUGGUGACAGUAGGUAGUUGGCUUGAGUGAAUUCAGCCCCAUUUGCCAACAACUCAAAGAACUGGAGUUGUUUUAGAAUAAGGUGGGGAAAGUCAGCCUUUGCCUUAGCCUGUUUCCACAGGAAGCAUGCUCUUCUCAUCCACAAGGAUGAAACUUGGCCUGAACCCCUGGCUCAUGUGUGGUGGUGGACUGGCAGUAGUGACCAGGACAGCACAAGGCCUGCAAAAUGUUCCUUUGAAAGAGAGAGUGUUUGAUGUCAUUUGUUAGGGCAUAGAAACCAAAUAAAGGCAAAGGACCAUGCUCAUUCCAUGGAGAAGAAGUGAACUCUGCUGACAAAACAUUUUGAGUUGACUGAGGAAGUCGACCCAGCUGCAAGGAAUACUGAGGUCAUCAGACCCCAGGAAACAGUAUGUGCACACAAUCUCAAGGGCUGUGAACAUGGGAAAGGAAGGGAAAAAGACAUUUAUAUAGUCAAUCCUAACAGUUUUUGCGAUACCUCCUAUUUGCAGACUAUUGGAUUUAUGUUCUUGCACUCUCCGUGUGAUCUAUCUUAUGUAUCUGAUAGUUGUUUUGAGUUGUAAACUCUUAUACACUUUAUUAAAAUGGACCUAAUAAA